GUUUGUCAGCCGCGCCGUGCCUGCGACAUCUGCCAGCUCGAUCGUCUGGGCCGAUCCAGAUCCGACAUCGACCCAAUAUGAUGAUGAUGCAGUCGCUGCUGCGAUGGCGAACGGGCCCAAGGCCGCCCAAGGCCGUUACUGUUGUACGCCAGCCACUACAAUUCGCUGCCCGCCGAUACCACAGAGCGGCACCGGCAGCCGACCAUGCUGGCAGCGUCCUCGAUUUGGCCUUUGAGCGACACACUCCGGACUCAUUCCUGGGCGAUGCGGCCGAGCCGCUUCCGCUGGUGGUUGUGCAUGGUCUGUUUGGCAGUGCCCAGAACUGGCGGCGAGUUGCCAGGAAUCUUGCCAACAGCCUUGGCACAACAGUCUUCGCGCUGGACCAUCGCAACCAUGGCUCGUCGCCGUUCUCCCACGGGCACCAGCACACCUUCCAUCACAUGUCCAAGGACGUAUCCCGAUUCCUCGACACCCAGGGUAUCAAGAAAUGCACGCUUGUCGGCCACAGCAUGGGCGGCAAAGUCGCCAUGACGACGGCGCUGCUGGAUAGCCGGGUCGCUCGCCUAGUGGUUGUGGACUCGUCCCCGGUCAAGGUGCAAGAGUUCCGGGAUGUGCGUGCCCAACUCGAGGGCAUGAUGCACGUAAACCGGUCCAAGCCUGCGUCGCUGCAGGAGGCCGAUGCGAUCCUGAGGCAGUACGUGGAGGAAAAGAUCGUUCGCCAGUUCCUGUUCACCAACUUUAAGCCCCAGUCCGAGACCGGGCUGUACGAGUGCCGACUGAACCUCGAGGAACUCCAUCCGUACAUCAUCCGCGAAGUGAAUCAGUUCCCGAUUCCGAUCGACGGCCAGGCUCAGUUUGAGGGCCCCACCCUGGCAGUGCUGGGGUCUCGAUCUCACUACGUGCCCGAGAGUGUCCGGCCGAGCCUGCGGAUGCUGUUUCCGAAUAUCGAGUACGUCGAACUUGAUGCCGGCCAUUGGGUGCAAGCCGAACGACCGACUGAGUUUGUCGACACGGUCUGCCGAUUCGUGCGCCAGCACCCGAAUGUUUGAGGAAGCAAGUGACUCCAGACUCAUGGCCCAUGACCCUGUUUGUGGAGCUCUGCCUUGACCAUGCCCAGGGCCAACACUGAAGGUGGCGGGCUCAGCGGGGUACCCUCGUCUUCGAUAGAAGCGAUAUCGACAGAAACCUGUGGCCAUCUGUCUCUCGAGAGAGGGCAAUUGCGCGAUUUCGGACCAGGUGUAUUGUCGAGGAUGGUGUGCUCGAUGCUUCCAGCGUUUCCAAAAUGAAAUGGGACACCCCGUUUUGAGCCAUGACAUAUAUUUUGUUUCUAGAACCUGAAUACACCCACCCAUCCACUCAUCGC